GGCGGAAGUGGGAGAGGGGGAAAGGAGAAGGCGGGGAGCAAAACAAAAAGGGAGAGGAGGCGGCGGCGGCGGGACGCAGGCGGUGGGCGCUGGGAUGUGAGGUGGAGGACGUGGGGCCGGAGAGGUGAGGGGACGCAACUGGGGCGGGGAGAGCUAGGGAGCUUCCCCUUUUCCUUCUGGGGGGUCUCUGAGGAGGAGGAGGAGGGGGGCUGAAGACUUGGGGCGGGGAGAGAAUGGGGGAGGGAAAGCGUUCUGUGCAUGCUCAGAGGCCCUUUCCCCUUCUCUUCCAGUCAGGGAAGGCCUUCCCCGCUCAGCGUCCCCUUAUAUCUCCCCCUCCCUCUUCUAUAUACGUUGUUAUAGGAAGGGGUGGCCUUGGAGGGAACUUUUAUUUUUUGCUCGAGGGUUUUCCCUCCCCGUUUGUGGCUUGUCGCGCCCCCGCCCCCCAUCUCCUUGCUCCCCUUACACAUAGUUUAUUGCCUAUAAGUGUGUGUGUGUGUGAAGUAUAUAUAGCCUGGUUUUCUCAUGCAGUGUGGCUUACAAAGCAAAUUUCAGUAAUUUCAAUUUUAAGAACCUGACGGUGAUAGCUUAAUAAACUGCGUAGCGGAUAAAGCAACCCGACAAACGAACGAGAACUCUGAAAAGGGGAGCCGCUAAGGCUCAGGAGCCAAAACAACGAGCUCUCCUCUAGAGUUUUUCUCCCUCCCUGGUAAUUAAUUUAAAACUCCUAGUAGCCACUUGGGUGAGUCAGUCACUCCCCGCCGCUGCAUUAAAGCUCCUCGUCCCCCAUGGCAUCUCCCCGGGAGCUUUUUUCCCUCUGCUUGUAGCUCCCCUUGCUCCUCUCGCAGCUGCUCUCAACUCCUCGGCUCCUUCAAGCGUCCUCUUGCUUUAAUCCAUAGCCCAAAGCAAAGGCCCAGUAGAGUAGCUCCCAAGGUGAAACUUUUUAAUCUAAAAUAUAUACACCCUUGGUAGUUGGACUUGUGAACUGUUUCUCAGCCAAUGCUCAGGGCAGUUUGAAAUUUUAAAAUGGCAUAGCAAAGGUCUAUUAAGAAUACUUUUCAUUGCAUAUUCAUCUUCCAUACCCCAACUACUUUAGCAGCCUGCUAGUAGUGGAGUGGGGUUGGUGUAACCACAGUUCAGCAUAGUAAAGGCACAGGAUUAUGUUAAUAACAAUAUGUGGAGUUGUAAGAACCUGGGAGAUAUGCAAAAUUUUACUGGGAAGCCUACAGAAGAAAGCUAGUAGAGAUGGAGUAGAAGAUAAGGAACUGAGCAGGAAUGUUUUGAAAAUAAUGUGUAUGUACACUUGUUAUGUUUGUAAGCCUGAGUGCUGUAACAAAAUGAAGCCCUCCCCCCCCCCCAAGUUGGCUCAUAAAAUUAGUUUUCUUUAUAUUGCUUCAUGUAAGGGCUGCAUUUCUAAAAAAUAAAGGUUAAAAGUUGUGAAGAAAUGAAUUUCUUUGGUGAAUUAUGUUGGGGAGUGGUUAUGGCUUUCUGCAAAAUAUAAAUUAGUAGCAGAUAUGGGUGGUGCCAUAUUUCUGGAGAAGUUCCCAUGGAGGUGCAUAUGACCCCUCCUUUAGUGACUUUUCAGAGUAUUCAUGCAGCAUUUUAAUUUCAGUCUACUUUAAAUUUUUAAUAGCUGUUUCUUACAGAGGUGUUAACUGCUUAAAGUGGUAUAAUCAUAAUUUUAAAUUGUUGAUUUUGUAUCUCUUAUGACUGGUUUUAUACGUUGCCUUGUGAGAACACUUGUCCUGGAAGGCAGGAUAUAAAUCUUAUCAUAUAAUAUAAAUAAUAGAAAAAGAAGAAGAGUUUGGAUUUGAUAUCCCGCUUUAUCACUACCCGAAGGAGUCUCAAAGCGGCUAACAUUCUCCUUCCCCUUCCUCCCCCACAUCAAAAACUCUGUGAGGUGAGUGGGGCAGAGAGACUUCAAAGAAGUGUGACUGGCCCAAGGUCACCCAGCAGCUGCAUGUGGAGGAGCAGAGACGCGAACUCGGUUCCCCAGAUUACGAGUCUACCGCUGUUAACCACUACACCACACUGGCAGACUUGGAGUGUUUUUAACAAAUUAUUUACUUAUUAGUGAAGGUAUACUGUAGUAUACUGUAUUAGGCGGUGAUAGGCUCUGUGCCUGAGCCCCCUUCUAAUUCUUGGACCCAGCACAGAUUCAAUUCCUGGAAUAGCCAGGCUUGCUAGUGAGGUAAUGGCCACCAAGGGAACAAAGAAAUUGGCUCUGUGCCCUCCCCCAACUUGCUAAUACUUUGAAAGACAAAGGCCAGAGUUGAGGGUUGAGUUAUGUGAGGUAGAAGGUAGAGGUUGCAGGCUGGGCAGUUGGGAGAGUCAGAACCAUUCCUGUUUUAUGCUGGAGUCCAAGGCUGCAGCUACAGGAAGAGCCUUGGUUGCUAAAGCUGUGAGCCUCUCCAUUCUAGGCGCAGGUUGUAUAUAUGUGCAAAUAAGCCAUAUAUCCUAAAGACACCACAAUCUCCGCUGUCCCUCAUUCCAAGGAAACCGAACCCUGGGUAAGCUUCUGGAACCCCUGGAAUCUUGCACCUCUCAGAGAUCGGGGUGGCAGUACUACCAGAAGUGGCCAGAAUCAGGAAAUCUGUAUUCCUGUAGUUAGUGUUAGUCAAUGUUUGCUUAUUUGUGGCGCUUGCUGAGAAAACAACGUGAUUUCCCCCUCCCCCACGUGUGCAUACAAACGUUAUCUAGUAGUUUGUAGUCUACUUGCUGUAGGUGAUAUGGAACCACUUAAGCAAAUAUUCAUAGGAGACUUCUGAUUCUGAGCAGCCUUACUUGAACUCCUUUAGUUACUACUCUUUGACAUCUGUAGUGAAUUGGAAGGGAAGAUAGACUUUGUCCAGGCUACUUUAACAAGCAGAACAGAUGAUUGCAUAAAUCCAGAAGCUUGUUUCCACAUAGUAUUUGCAACUAAAGGUUAAUAUUAACUAAACGUUAGGUCAUUUUAAUGAUCAUACCUGGAUUGAUUUUUUGAUUUAAAUAUAUGCUUUUCUUUUUUUUAGCAGGUAGAGAGAAUGAAAGAAAGGAAAGAUGUCAGAAUGUUGACCUCUGUGUGGCAGUAUAAUGGAAGGAAACAUAACGGAGGACGUCUGUACUAGAUCGUUUGGAUGGCUUCAGCAACAAAAUAACGAUGCUAGACCAUGGCUCUGGAAAUUCUCUAACUGCUUUACAGCUACUGAACAGAGUUUCCCUCCUAGUGCAAAAGCGGUAGGAUUUUGGCAUACAUUUGCUGAGUUGAAUGCUAGUACACCAGUGACCUAUUGAAGGUGCUAAGUGUCCUGUUUGUGUCAUCAAAGAAAGAAGGUGCAAUGUAUAUUAAGAUAUUUAAUACUCUCCUAAGGGGUAGUUUCCUUCUAUCCCAGAAACUGAGCAUAAAUGUGUCCUACCCUAUUAGAGGUGAGGAACCUGUUGUGCCUCCCCCCACCACCGCCCCAACCUGGGAUAGUGGACUUCAGCUGCCAUCAGCAUGGGCACUGGUCAGGGAAGAUGGGACUUGUUGUCCAACUGGAGGUUCAUAUGUUUCCUACAUUACAGAUUCCCAUUUUUGCUUUAAAUGUUUAGACCAGUAAGCCUGCAACUCAAAAUCACAUAUAGUCAGAGCGCGUUGGGUUCAGUGGUGGGUGAGUGAUACAGAGAGGGUUUUCCUUCAUAUUGAACUUGCCACCUUGACGUUAUCAGCACCAUGCUCUAACCAAUUGAGCCAUCCAGGUAGUAAAAGAGGAGGGCUUGGAGUAUGCCAGCAGUUACCUUUUAACAACUCUUUACCUCGCUUUCACAGCAUCUGUUUUCUGCCAUCAGUGCCCUUGUUCUUCAGGCAACUGUAAUCAAAUCUUCAUUCUGUUCCGUUUCCUGUGUUUAAAAAAUAAAUAAAUCUAAAUUGGUUCAAAACCCAAUAAAUAUGUAAAAUGAAUAUAUGAAGUUUGCCUUUGGCCUACAUAAUGUUAAACGUAUGUGAGUUCCAUACCCUCACAGGUUUUGUCUGUUGGAGCCGUAACCUGGUGCUAUAAGACUAAAUGUAUCCUCUGAUCUUCUUUAUAAUGGUUCUCUACCCCUCAGAACGAGUCCAUGGAGAAUAAGAAAGCUGCUGUGGAUUUGAAGGAUGCUCCAUCCCCCCGCCAUACUGCUUUGAAACAGUUCACAGCUGUCCCCCUUCCCAGUGAUCACACCCUUCAGCAAAAGCAAAUCCAACUUUCAUCUGGUUCCAAAGUAAGCUGUUGUACUCAUAACUCUGAUUCUUCCGUUCAUGCUCCUCAGCUACGUUUUGGUGGUAGUGGUGGCAGCAGCAACAGUGGUGGUGGUAGCUUGAUUCACCCUGGCACAGUAUUAGACUCACAAGGCACCGGCACAAUCACUUGUCAAAUAGGGUCAGGGUUUGCCUAUCGGUCUGCAUCGUCAUUCAAGAACGUUCCAACGCAAAGCGGCGUGGCAGGAGUGGCCAGUGACUUGUCUGGAGUGUGCCUGGAAAACGAUGUCUCUUCUUGCCCACAUUUCCCCUGCUGUGGGAAGCUCCACUUCCAGUCCUGCCACAGCAACGUCCACAAACUGCACCCAUUUCCUACCCAUCAGAGCUGCACAACUUCGGGCUACUUCUCCUGUUCUGAAUUCACAAGCGGGGCUGCGGGGCUUUUGGAGGAGCACGUUGCACAAUCGGAGCGAACGUCUUGUGCUUGCACCAACUCGCUGCACCUAAAAGUGGCACCUUCAGUUUGCUUAAAGGGCUCUCACUACUGCACUGAGUGUCUAACCAAGGUUUGUACCACACCAUUUAUAACAUACUGUGUAUACUGAAAAUGUCAGCAGAGUAUUUGGAUGUUUUGUAGAUUUAACCUGAUAUCUCUAGCCUUCCAAUUAAUAUGUUGAUUUAAACUGUAUUUGGAAUUGGGGUGGAUGGUUGCCAGCUUCAUAGAAAUGUAAAACCCUCAUUCUCUUUCGUCUCCUAAUCCUGUUCCGUAGUUUCUUGAGGAGCAGCAUACUGCAUCUAACUGUUCUAGAAUAAUAAACUUAGUAUUCCCUUUCACUGGCACACAGGUUCAGUUCAGCUAAAGCUCCAAGCUGUGGUUAGAUGCUACAUCAGGAGUUGCCAGCCUGGUGCCCACGGAUGACAUGGCGCCCAUGAAGGUUUCCAGUGUUGUCCCUGGGAAGGUGUCCUAGACUCUGAACUUUCAUAUAAUAAUAAUAAUAAUAAUAAUAAUAAUAAUAAUAAUAAUAAUAAUAAAUGUCUUUAGUCCUCCUAGAAAGGAAGUUAAUGGGGUAAAAUAUGCAGGUACCUUGUUAGUGAUUUUUGUGAAAGGGGAGUAAUAUGGCUACCUUCUAUAUUUGAGGGGUGAUCACUGCUUUUAUUAGACAACAAUAGCAGCAGUGUAUGUGAAAGAGAUCUCCAUAAUCAGGACCAGCAGGGCAUAGCUGACAUCCCAUGGGAAUCGUAAGGUUGUCAUGGGUGGCUGUCGCUCUCAUGUUGUGUUUUGCCACGCUCUCCACAGCAACCAUUUUGUGUUACACCAUGCCCACUCCAUGACAGCCAUUUUGUCACUGAAGCAAAUGUGUUUUUCAUCGUUCCCCCUGUUGAAUUAUUAUUUGGCCCAUCAAACAGAUGCUAAGAAAACAGCAUAUUGGGGGGGGGGUAUUUUUUAAAGGUGAGUCAUGUUUGUUACCUGAAACUAAUGCCAAAGCAGAAGAAGUAACUCAAAUCCUAAACUCGAGAAUAAAUGUUGAGGUUCUUUAAUAAGUUCAGUCCUAUCACAUGGUUGCCAGCAAAUGUUGCUUCUUCAGCAACAACUUUUUGGCACUUGGGCAACGAAGCCUUUUAAGAGGGAAAGCUUGCAAUGUGUGAUCACAUGUUUAUGUCUACCCAGGCCCAACCACAGUAGAGCAGGGUAGGGAUUGGUUACCAGAAGCCUGUGCUGUGGGCACCCACAAUCUCCCAUUAAUGUGAGAUGCUGUUUUUACUACAGGUGUAUUUACAGCACCAUUUGGAUUUGUCCCUUGAGUUAAUGUGGCAGUCUUUUAGCCCGUUUUUUUCUCCUCUCUGCCCUGUCAGUGGUGGAGACUGAGCGGGAUGUGCAUUGGCCUAGAUCCAGUAAAGCCAUUACAGUAUAGCCUUAUGUCUCAGUCCUGCUCUGUUCUCAAGUUGUGCGCUUUCCCCUGGACUCCUUGCACCACAAGAAUCUACUUCAGAAACAGAAGACUUGAUUCCACCACCCCUUUUCAAAGUGAGGAAGCUUUCUCUCCCCCCCUUUUUUUUUAAAGUUGCCAACCCAGGGUAUGUAUGAAAUGUAUGAGCUUAACUUAUAUAGACCCUUGCAAAAUCACAGCAGGUCUCCUUGUCCUGGAAUGUGGGUCAGUUGACAGCAUGCUGCAUUUAUGUCUCUUAGUGUGGUUAAUAAGUGAUGCUGAACAUUUUCCCAGCAGCCAUCCAGAGAGAGUUUGGUUGAUGCAGCUAAAAUAUGGCCAAAUACAGCUCCUCCAAAUGUCCAAGCUGCACCUGUCUCCCUCCCAAUAUGUAACGGCUGCGGAACCAAAGGAGUAAGAAAAGAGAAGACUUUACUUUUGGCGAGCAGCUUUGGUCAGUUGCCACAGAAAUACGGUAAAUUGGCAGGUGUGCUUUUAAAAAUGAAUCAUGGACUGUUUGAUCUGUUUUAAGAGCGUUAUCUCUUUUAAGUGUUGCCUUUUGGGGUUGUCCUUUUUCUCCCACAGAUUCAUCUUUUAAUGGGUGUUAGUCAUUAUGGCUGCAUGGGACUAACAGGUUCAGAGGCAAUUCCUAGUUACUGGAGAAUAAAGGUGGAAGGGGGGCUGUUGAAAUCCUAUCCUGCUAAUGGGCUUCCUGAAGGCACCUUGAUGGUUAUUUUGGGAUGCUGGACUAGAUCAGCCUUUUUCUUUUCUUUUUUCUAAAUCCAGCAGGGCUUUUAUUACAUUUUUGGAAGUAGAUGGGCAAAGUAUCUCUAUCAUUAUCCUGUUAGCAUAUUAUCUGUGGCUGUGAUGUCAUGGAAUGUAGCCUACAGAAUUGAGGCAGGGGUGGGGGAGGAGGCAAGAAGGCCAGUCAGCCAAACCAACCCAUCCUUAUUCACUGCUGUCACCAAGUGGCUAUCCUUAUUUAUCUCUUAACAGCCCUUUAACCUUCUGGACUUUAAAUAGCCCAGUCUACUCCCUGUGCUGGGUACACUGGUCUCAUCCAUUGCUGUUUGCAUUGCAUAGUGUGUGAGACAGAACUUUUGUUAAAACCUCAAAGUCUCAAUUCUGCUGAAUUCCUUUUGAUGGUGAAAUGUCAGAAGCCUCACUAUGGAUUUUUUUUUAGUUCUGCUUAUUGAAAUUAAAGAUCCCAGUUUGUCUCAGGUGGAGUGAAAUGAAAUUCCACCAUGUAAGGACCACAGAUGGGCUGAUGUUUUAACUAAUGGUAUUGUGCUGAACAUUUCCCCUGAUAUAUCACUUAAACUAGAUGGAUUUAAUCCAUGGGUGGUUAACUUGUGGCCCUCCAGAUGUGGUUAGAUCAGGACUUUUGAAGAGCCCCUAAGCAGCAUGGCCAUUGGUCAAGGAUUAUGGGAGUUGUAGUCCAGCAACAUCUGGAAAGCUAAAGGUUAGCCAUCCUGACAGCUCUCUGUGUAAUUAAUCCCCCAGAUAUAGCAUUCUAACAUCUGGCAAACUUGUGAAACUGCUGCAAGUUCUAACAAUAGCAUAUGACCACUUUCUAUCUUUUCCAACUGUAGGAUCUCCAGAGGUUGCUCUAACAGGGCAAGUGCUAGAAAAUUUGCCUCCCAUUGGAGUCUUUUGGGAUAUUGAAAACUGUUCUGUUCCUUCUGGCCGUUCAGCUGUGGCAGUGGUACAGCGAAUUCGUGAAAAGUUCUUCAAAGGCCACAGAGAGGCAGAGUUCAUUUGUGUGUGUGAUAUCAGUAAGGAGAGCAAAGAAGUUAUUGAAGAACUGAACAACUGUCAGGUAAGCCUCUCUCCAGUUUAAAGUUUGACCUGGGGAAGCGAAUAGUUCCUGAAACUACAGAGUUGGAGGGAGGGUCUCAUAAGCCAGGAAUCUCAACUAGAGCACCCAUGGCAGAUGGCAUCAAACACAGGGGCGAAACUAGGCUUUAUUUCAUCUGGGUCAAAGACUCGGUUUGGCACACACCCCCACACACAUUUGCAUACACACGAACCCACAGGCUGGGACCCUCAGUGUCACCCCAGGUGUUUUAUUGGGUCCUGUUGUAUUUAGUAUGAAUGUUCCCUGUAUUUUUUUAGGUGACAGUUGCACACAUUAACGCAACAGCAAAGAAUGCAGCUGAUGACAAGCUCAGACAGAGUCUUAGAAGAUUUGCUGAUACUCACGCCGCACCAGCCACUGUGGUCCUUGUAUCAAGUAUGUAUAAACAGUGCUUUAAAAAAAAAGAAUAGGUUUUUGUCGUCAUUUGGUUGGUUUUUGCCCACAUAUAAGAACACAUGCUCAGUUUCAUUCAGAUCGAUUCACAAACUAUCCUGAUCACAGUAGUAAUGUGUUCUACACAACUUCUACAUAAAAUUGUGCUCUGAUCAGCGGGGAUUUCCUCCCCUGUUUUGCUUAAAUGAGCAUAAUAUUAAAACUAUUCUGGGUUUUAAUUCAUCUUGGUUUUACAGUCCAUGCCAAGAUGGUUGCAUUGGCUCAAGUGGGACUAUAGAGAACAAAGGAACGAGAUACAGUCAUACCUUGGAAGUCAAACGGAAUCUGUUCCGGAAGUCCGUUCGACUUCCAAAAUGUUUGAAAACCAAAGCGUGGCUUCUGAUUGGCUGCAGGAAGCUCCUGCAGCUAAUCAGAAGCCGCGGAAGCCCCAUCAGAUGUUUGGCUUCCAAAAAUUGUUUGCAAACCGGAACAGUCACUUCCGGGUUUGCGGUGUUCGGGAGCCAAAACUUUCGGUAACUAAGCUUUUUUACUUCCAAGGUACGACUGUACUUGGAAACAGCUCUGGGCUUCUAUCAAAGCCGAUGAGUGCUGCAUUGAAAUAUCCAUUAAUGCUCCUUCAAGUUUCCAGGUUUAGGAAGAAUAGAGAUUGCUAGGGCCACAGUCAGUCAUGGGGAACCUUCUAAGGGCCUUGUACCAGCAGUGGGUGGGGCCAAGGGCAAAAGUAAGUGGGGCCACAUCUCUUACAUAGGCUGGCUUUAUUAGAACUCAAGGAUGUAUUCCAGCCAAGGAAAACUACUGGGAAAGGGUGCAAAGUGGGUCUGCAGAGACUCCCAAAAGCCCAUAGAUUUGGAUCUGGUGUGCUUCAUUUGGCUCUUGGGUUGAAAAAAGUUUCCCUUGCCAGACUUGAGCGCAUCUCUGGAACAUGGGCUACCUUGCUUCCAGCUUGCCGGUGGUGACUGGUGCUGCUUUCAGUUCUCUUCUGCUUGACCACCUCCUUGCAGUACAUCCUGUGUCAGCGUGCAUUGGAAAGUUUUUUUGCUCCUGCAGUUCCUGCAUAAAGAAGCUCUAGGAGUAGCAUCUCACAGAGACUUUCUUCCCAAGCUUGUCAUUGAGGAACGAAGUCAUAAGGGGGAGAAAGGGAGGGGGGAAGGUGAAAUUAUACAUAUAAUGCUGCUGAAUGAAGAUGCACUUUCCUGGGAACUCAUUCAUUCUGUAGCCUGGAAAAUCUCCAUGGAACUUGGUUGAAACUACCUUUCUCACCCACUGCACACACACAGUAAUGCAGGCUAAUAGCGUCCUCUGUCGGGGCUUACGCUGGGGAUGCAGAUUCCCCUGGUCCUCCAUACGGUAGUCAGAUAACAUAGCAAGAGCCACAGGUUUCCUCGCUCUGCUUUACACUCUGGAGUACCACCUUCUCAGCCUGUCUGAUGCAUCUGUAUCUUAUUUCUCCUCAGUUCAGGAUGUAAUCUGAGCCAUGGCUCAGUUGAGGAAGGAACACAAGUAACUAGCUGCCUUCUGAGUGUGUGUGAAGUCUGUUUCCUCCAUGUUGAGUAACUACAGCCUCCCCUUAACUCAUUCAGCGUUUGGGAACUGCCAUUUUAAAUGAGACAGUAGUAGAAAUAAUAACAGUCAGAAACUGCUGCCUCCUAGUGCAGCCCACAGUUGUUUGAGCACACAAAGCUGCCUUGUAGCGAGUCAGACAAUGGGUCUCUCUAACCCAGUCAUGUCUACUCUGACUGGCAGUGGCUCUCCAAGGCUCAGAUGGAGGUUUCCCCCAGCCCUGCUGCUUGAGGCCCCUUUAACUUGAGUAGCCUGGGGACCUGUGUGCAAAACAUAUGCUUGGCCAAUGAUCUGUGGCCCUUCAUAUGAAGGUAGGCCAUUGAAAGUUAAGGGUGAAAAGAGCUGCUGUGAAUUCCUGCCUUUGUCUCCUUUAAAUGUGAGCAAGUCUUUUCUAAAGUCACACUUUACAGUCAAUGAUGUCCACAAGAGACACCCUCUCAUAUUGUGUUCCCUUCCUGGCAUUCUUCCCAACCCCCCUUCUUCUCUUUCCCAUCUUCCAAAGUGGAAGGAAAAGAGGCAGUCAAAGAGUGAGAUAAAUUUAUUGCUGGCAGAUUCCAUUUUGGGGAAGGGGGGAGCGAGGAAUAAACAAGCUACUGAAUGAAAAAGAUGAUGUUUUUCAUUUACCAAUGAGAGUCACAAAAAUAGGUUCUCAUUUUUAGUUCUGAAUUAUUCUGUGUGUCUGGGUCCUUAUUUGUGGAGGCAGGCUGCCACCUGAUUCUUGAAAUGAAAUUAUCCUUGCAGGGGUUUGGUUUUUUUAACAGAGGCAAGGCAAUGAAUAGUAGUGACCAGGAAAGAAAACAGGGUCCCAGUAUGGCUUUGUUGCCAUAUUGCAAUAUAUCUUGAUGUUCCUGAACAAUUGAUCUGCUGAGGCUUUUGGGGGGAAACACCCUAUGAAAAUGUGAACUUGUCAAAACCGUCUUCAGUCAAUGAUUUAUUGUGUUGUUUUUCAGCUGACGUAAACUUUGCACUAGAGCUCAGUGACUUGAGACACCGUCAUGGUUUCCACAUAAUCUUGGUGCAUAAAAAUCAAGCUUCUGAGGCUCUCUUGCAUCAUGCUCACGAGCUCAUCAGAUUUGAGGAAUUCAUUUCAGAUUUGCCUCCAAGAUUGCCACUGAAAAAACCAGUAAGUGAUUUUCCUCUCUGGUUUUUAGAUGACUUGACUGGAGCACUAGCUUCCAUUCAGCCAAAGUAAUUGUAUUUCUAGAUGUGGCUUAGAUUGGUCCUGGGUGUGAUAUGCAAAUCUUUUAACAACUCACGUGCCAGCAAUACAUGGUUAAACAGCUAACUCCUAGUUUCACAACAAGACUCUCCCAUGCUCCAGUUGCAUGUUAAAAUUUCCUUUUAAUGUAUGCCGGCUUUACUCUGGGAACAAUAAGCAUUAUGUUGCUCAAAGUGAGCAUAAAACUUAACUGUUUUGUGAACUCUCAGAAUACAGAAGGAAGUGCAAAAUUUGGGACUUCGGUUGCAGGUUUUCAUGAAAAGUUGAAGUGCUCUUGAUUUUGUGGAGAAGCUUGCAGUGAUGUUGGUUUGCCCCCUCAUUGCAGCAGGUGGCUUGGGUGCAACUGCAGGUCUUUGUCCCCUCUCAUAUAUUGCAGAGGAGUUGGGGACACUGGAUGGAUUUACAUAUGGAAGCAGACAGGAAGAGAAAGAAGAGGAGGGGUGUCAUACUCCAAUGAACAUUAGGCAGCCACCAUUUUAAUUGCCCAGCCAUAGAAUUGUAGAUUUCUAAGAGACCCCAAGGGUCAUCUACUCCAGCCCCCAGCAAUGCAGGAAUCUCAGCUGGAAUAAAAUCAUAGUCCACUGCCCUGGGACAUGGGUGGACACCCAAGAUGGAUGCUACAUUGCCCCAGGGCAGUGUGGGCAGUUAAAAAGGCAGAAGAGGAGACCCAGAGCAGCAGUGGUAGCUGUUAAAAAGCCUGGCAAUUAGUGGUGUCUGUCCAAAGCUUAAUCUUUGGAGUCUUUAUCGGCCCAUGUUCCAAAUUUUCUUGAGCACAAAUAGUCCAUAAGCUAUGGUUUAUCUGUGUUGCUGUUUCUUAAUGAUAUAAUACCAGCAUACUUUGUCUUCAGGUAUGAUUCUACCCCCUAGUCUCCAGAAACCCACUAAAAAACAGCCGUUGUCUUUUAGGCAUGCCAUACCCUGCUAUAUGUUUACAACCUGCCAACAAACAGAGACAGCAAAAGUGUCUGCUACAGGCUCCGCCGUUUGUCAGACAAUUGCGGAGGGAAAGUACUGACCAUUUCCGGCAGCAGCGCGAUCCUCCGCUUCUUAAAUCAAGACAGCGCUGAGCGCGCUCAGAAGCGGAUGGAGAACGAAGACGUCUUCGGCAACAGGAUCGUCGUUUCUUUUACCCCUAAAAACAAGGAGCUUGCUGAAGCCAAGAAUGCAAGCUCUACCGGAGCGGAAAAAGUGAAGUCACCUAAAAAAGCGAACAAGAGCUCAAAGCUGUGCCUCGUGGGCAGGGACUCCACUGAUCCAUCAGCAAAAGCUGCUGUGGGAAAAGGCCCUCAGUUGCACGGCUCUGUUGCAAAGAACACCGGCGUGAAGAGCUUACAGGUAAUCGCUUCAUUAAUUUAAAACUCUGAGGUGGGUGAGACAUAUUCAGCCUUAGAGGGUUUUUUUUUUUUAAUCCACUAGUCUGCCCUACCCUUUGUCACCAGCCUCUCUGAAGUGUGUCCAUCUAAAUCAAACCCAGAGUGGAUCUAUUGAAAUGUGUGGACUUGUCAAGUUACAGUGGAAACCACACUUUUGGCCUUAGUGUCACAUGCACUGCAGGCUCUGUCCCUCAAAAUCUGCACACUGAGCCCAGGUGUCCAUAAAUAGGUCGUCCUUGUAUUCUGAUGACUGUGCAAAACCACCCAGUUGCAGAUGUUUUUACUGAACUUGCAGGGGACACAACCAAUGCCAUGUGCAGUGUUGGGAACUGGGUUUCUGCUUGCUGCACCCCAAGGUUCCACUAGCUGGUGUAUAAUAAGGAAUUGUAUUGUGCUUCCCAUAUUUAGAUUCUGCUUUUGCUGCUCAAACAUCUGCACUAGUUGCCCACAUGCUACUGGACCUGGUUCAAGGCUCUUGGGUCCAGGUUACCUUAAAGGCUUGAUCUCAGAUAAUCCAGGGGAGUGCUCUUAAUUGUCCCAUGUGUUACAGAGGCCUGACUGGCUUUGACCUGAAUUCAGGCUUCUAAUGUCACUGGUCCCAUGCUGCAGAAUAUUUUUCCAGCAGAGAUUCGGCAGGCAUCCUUGCAUUUGAUUUUCAGGCAUGUCUUGAAGAUAUUAUUAUUCUGACAGACCUUUGCAGCUGCUUACAGAUUUUCUUGGACAGUCAUCUUAAUGAUUGUUUUGUAUUGCUGAAGUUUUAUGAGAUGGUUGUUAACAUAAAUUUACACAUAAAUGAUUUUCAUUCAUUUAUGUAGCAAAAUGUGUAUACUGUUUGUUAAAAAUGAACAGCAACAACAACCUCUAAGCGGCUAACCAGAAAUAUAAAACAUUCAGAGUCUUGAUAAAAGCAAGGAAGUCCAGGUAUUUGAAAGCAUUCAAAAGAUGAUUAAAAUAAACAGUAGCUAAAAAGCAAUAAAUCACAUGUAACUUCUACAUGUCUGGAUAAGUUGCCCAAACAAAAAUAUUUUAAGCAAAAACUGAAAAGAGUAUUAUGAAGGUGCGUGUCGUUAGUAGGCCACGAAUUCCAAAGUGUAGAUGCUGCUUCUAAGGAAUAUUAUUCUUAUUAUGAAUUGAAUUUAUAUACUGCCCUAUACCUGCAGGUCUCAUAUUCAUGUCUAAGUUGUGGGUUGCAUUUAGCCUACCAUAAUCCCCUCUUGCUUGCUGACCUGCAUAAUUUUUUUCUUCAAGGAACUUUGCCGCAUGGAGUCAAAGAACGUGAACGUUGCCGAGAAUCACAAAGACCCAAUAAAAGAGGACACUGCGUCAUUGCAAAGUAACUCUAGUGCAUCAAGUUCUACAGCCCUGGCAACCAAGAAGGCAGGAGCAGGAGACUCUGUUCACAAAAACAGUCUAAAGUAUGUCAUGCGCAAGUUUGAAUUUUGUAAAAAGCAAGAAUCAAAAUUGCAAGCUAAUGAGGCCAUUCUUCUUCAUGCAGGAAAGAUUCGCUGGCAGCCAGAAGCAUCAGCAACUCCCCAAUAGAGAGAAAAGAGAAGGAUGAUGUAUUCCAAGUUAGCUACCCAUCUGCUUUCAGUAUGCUCACAGCUUCAAGGCAGCUCAGUCCUGUGCUGAUAUCUCAAAGUCGCUGGUCCUCUAGGUAAGCACCUCUUGCAGUCCAAAGCUCUGACAAAAGCAGAAGACCCUUGGGCUCCAGUUUUGGGGAUUUCUCUGAAUUCUCCUUUGGAAUGCUUGUGCAGGGAUGAAUCCACCCUGAGGUCUGCAAGGAAGCUUGUCCCAAGAUGCUUGGGAAACUUAUAUGGGUUUUAAUCUUGUUUCUCAGUAUGCACGUGUGUCUGCAUAUAUAUACCUGUCACCAGUGGAUUAGUGCAGUGGUCUGAAGCCAAACUGAGGAAUGUAGAAACUGGCUUAUACUGCAUAUAAGAUCCAUUGGUCCAUAUCACUUAGUAUUGUUUACACCAGCAGGAAGCCACUCUAGGGUUUCAGACAAGGGAUAUUCUUGGUGCUACCUGGAGAUGCCUUGUGUGUGCAAAUUGCUCUACUACUGAGCUAUGGCCCUUAAGCUCUCUCCUCUGCUUUCAUCCUCUUGCUGUCUUCUUGAGUGUUGGCUAGUGGUUGAUCCAUUAUCUGUCUGCACAUGCAAGCAGAAGAGAGCAAUCCUUGGUGUGUGAGGCUGGCAUAGGCAAACUCGACCCUCCAGAUGUUUUGGGACUACAACUCCCAUGAUCCCUGGAUAAUAGGACCAGUGGUCAGGGAUGAUGGGAGUUAUAGUCCCAAAACAUCUGGAGGGCCGAGUUUGCCUAUGCCUGGUGUGAGGAAUUGAAAGGUCACAGUGACUGGGAUACCCAUUUUUGUAACAUGUGACUGGUGAUGUUUGGAGACACUAGACCUUUUGUUUUUAAAAGUGAAAAAAGGAUCUUUACACAAGAAUUUAAAGGUUGUUCUGUGUUUCUGUAUUAUGUGAAUGUGACACUUCUUGACUUCAUUUGUUCGUUGAACAGAUGUGUGUAACUCCAGUCCGUGUGUUGCAAAAUAGACCUGUUCGGGAUAUUUUGCUGCUCACUGGAAGAGUACAUGCUUUGCAUGUCAAUAGUCUCAAGUUCAGGUUCAUUCCCUGAGACCCCAUCCGAAACCCUGGUGUAAAGACCUAGAGAUGGCUUACCCAGCACGGUGCUCUCUAAAUACUGUUGCAGUAUGAUUCUCAUCAACCACAGCCAAGAUGGUCUACAGUCAGGGAUAGUGGGAGCUACACUCCCAACAUCAUCUGGAGGGAGCCACAUUGGCUAUCCCUGAGCCAGGAAGACCAAAAAUCUGAUUCUAGUAUAACUAACUGGAUUCGGUAUUCGAAAUAUUUCAUAUCUCUUAAAGAAAAAUUACCUUGCUCUUUAAAUGCCUAAAGCGAUUUCUCCUUGUGUAUGUUAUGUACAGUGGAAUGAAUAAUUCUAGAACUCCCUUGCUUUCCUCCCUACUUCAUUAGGAGUGUGUCCCCAAACCUCUCAAACAGAUCUUCUCCACUCGCCUUCAUCAAUCACACUGGUAGCGGGGACUACCCAGAUCCUUUUGCAAACGGAGCAGACAUCCAGAUUAGCAAUAUAGACUACAGACUGUCCAGAAAGGAGCUGCAGCAAACUUUGCAAGAAAUCUUCUCUAAGCAUGGCAAGGUAAACAUCAGAGUUUACUUGCAUUUGCCCUGUUUUGGAUUUUGUGGAUGCAGCUCAAGAGCAGAAACUCUUGUUCCUCAUUGCAGAUCAUUUCAGAGCGGGUCACAUGUUAAAACAAAUUGGCAUAAACACAGAAAUGGAUGAACUACAACCAUUGUGCCACCUGUGCUCUAGCCAUUAUUCAGCUGGCUUUAUUGUCUGCAGAGAACCAGAGCUCUGCAGUGUUGGAGAGGGUAGUUGGGGCUGAUUGUGUCGAUGAUUCUGUACAUACACAAGUAUCAUACGUCAAUCCUGGUAUUUGUGUGCUGAUUUGAUCUCUUAUUUCAGGUAAAGACUGUGGAACUCAGUCCUCAUACUGAUUAUCAGCUGAAGGCUAUAGUACAAAUGGAGAAUUUACAGGAAGCAAUACGUGCUGUCAACUACCUUCAUAGAUACAAAAUUGGCAGCAAGAGGAUCCAGGUUUCGCUGGCUACAGGAGCUACCAAUAAAUCCCUGGCACUGGUUAGGUAAUUUUAAAAUAAGCUACAACAUCUAACAUGGAGACUUUUGAAAGCUGAGGAUUAGCUAUGCAUCAAAUAGUUAGAAUAGAGUACCACAUUUGAAGCAUAUAGAUGGUAGACCGUGUUAGCAUGAAGAAUGCUCAGGGGCUUCACCGGUCUUCAAAUAGUUACCUUAAAUGAAUGGAAGGAUCUAUCUGUUUUCUUUGUAGGUUGGGGCAGAAUGGGGAAAUAAUGGAUUCAAACCACAGCCAAGAAUUCUAGGCUGGACAUAAGCACAGGAACAGCUACUUUGAGAACUUGGUUCUGUUAUUUUAGGUCAGGCAUCCCCAAACUCAGCCCUCCAGAUGUUUGGGGUCUACAACUCCCAUCAUCCCUAGCUAACAGGAUCAGUGGUCAGGGAUGAUGGGGAUUGUAGUCCCAAAACAUCUGGAGGGCCAAGUUUGGGGAUGCCUGUUUUAGGUGAUCAACCCUUAAGGUGCAGGAAAGACUGGCUCACUUCUUGAGGUCACCUUAAAGUCAAGGAUGCCAAUUGUUGAAGUCCAACAAUACCUGGAGAGUUCCUCACCUCUGCCUUUACGUUAUAUACCAAAAGAGUAUUCAUUACUGGAGGUCAGGGGACGUUAAACACUUAAGAAUUUUGAACAAGACUACCUCUCUCAGUUGGUGUAUUGGCACUGGUAAAGAGUUAAACGCCUGCCUGGGCUCUGUCAGCACUGUUUCUUUAAAAAAAUAUUCUGGUGGAUCUAGUGUAAAUGAAGAAAAUAGUUCAGAAUAAAAUGAUUUACCAUGCCUUUCCUAACACCAAAUCACUUCCAUUGGCAGUUCAGAAGCAAUGUCCAUUCUUCAAGAUGCUCCAGCUUGUUGUCUGCCUCUUCUCAAGUUCACAGAGAUCUACGAGAAAAAGUAGGUCUGAAAACGGCAUGCCAAAUUACUUAAGAAAUCUGGUAUAUUCAUAACUCACUACUUUUAUGAUAGUAGUUUUAGAAUGAGUUCUCUAUACCAGGAGUAGGGCAUGACCUCUCCUCCCCCACUUCCACUUCAUUAAAGUUUCCAAAUAUUCUGUUUUUUUAGGUUUGGACACAAGUUAAAUGUAUCAGACUUGUAUAAAAUAACAGACGUCGUAGCCAUCCGCGAUCAAGGCAAUGGAAGACUUGUAUGUCUUUUACCCAGUAGUCAAGCUAGACAGAGCCCUUUGGGGUCUUCACAGUCUCAUGAUGGCUCUUCAGCUAACUGUAGUCCUAUCAUAUUUGAAGAACUAGAAUAUCAUGAGCCCAUUUGCAAGCAGCACUGCAUUAAUAAAGAUUUCAGGUAAGAGGUGUUUUUCAGAUCCUUCCAACUUUCUCUGUAAGUGAACUCUGGAAUUGAAAUUGGAGCAUUUUUAUAUACUUUAUAUUCUGCCCUCCAGUGGUUCCUGGGGUAAUACAUAAUAAUAUGUUGAGAUACACAAAUCAGUAUGAGAAAUGCAACAACAGCAAUAUAAAAUAGAUUAGAAUCUCAAGAAACUGAAUCUUUUCAGCCCAAACCAUAAGUUUGGGGAAAUGACCACAUCUUAAUCUGAUGUCUUAAAACAGAGAUCCAGCAGUCCCUGGCAUUAUAAGGAGGAAGUUCCAUAACUUUGCAAGUGUUUGGGGUUGUUGGGUUUUUAAGGGAAUAUCUCUACAGAACUGUCCGGCAUAUAUUACUCUCCUUUAAUAGCUGUGAAGCAUCAUUAUCUAUGGAGUUACAUCAGCUUCUUGAACCGUAUAAGAUCUUUGAAAGAUGGCAAAUCCAUGCCCAUGUGGAAGAACCACUAAUCUGCUUUGGUUAUACCAUAGCGAUGACUCCAGUUUAGACUAGUAGCUGUUGGCUGCAAAAGUCCCUAAGACAAAUCUUCCACAGUAGCAAAUUAAGAGUGGCAGCUUUCCAAAACUCUGGGCUGUAUAUAUUCCUUUAUUGCCUUACCGCAGUAUAAAACUGUUCAAUGUUUUCUUAUUUCUCUAGCGAACAUGACUUUGAUCCUGACUCCUACAAAGUUCCCUUUGUGAUUUUGUCUCUUAAGACCUUUGCACCGCAAGUUCAUAGCUUGUUGCAGACCCACGAGGGGACAGUGCCGUUACUGAGGUAAAAUAAGGUUCCUUAGCCUUUGUUUGAAUGUUCAGUAAUGAGCUGGGUUAAAUCCCCCCUUUUUUACCCCUGAAGUGAAAGGGGAUCCUUGGAUAGAUUGCUCCACCAACUCCCUCCACUAGGCAAGUUAGAAAUGGUUCAUCACUAAGAGAAACCACCUCCUCCAGGCCCCAUUCCACUUGAGUGUCUCUGUAGUUAAGAUUCUGAGCUCUCUUAAGCAUAAUAAUAUAUAUACAUUUUUUUAAAAAAUCCAAAUUCAAGAUUAAAUAAUUAAAUAUUAAAACACGCCAAAAGUCAGGUCCGUCUGCUUUGUGACCCCCAAUAGUGCUGGUCACAGGUGAGAGGUGAAAUUCUGUGCAGGACAAAAAAGCCAUCCUCCCUUUAGGCUACUUGGAAUCAUUCUCAUUGCUUAACUCCUCCUCCCCUUCAUUGGUUUUCUCUGACUCCUCACAUUGAGGGUUACCUUGGUUGCUGAAGGGGCUCCGAGUGACAAGAGAAGUCUGUAUUAAAUGCUGGCUGUAUUUGGACAAUUGUAUUCUGCAGAGAUGCUAUCUUCCAAAGACGUGUUCUGAAUUCUGCUCUUGCACAAUACAAAUACAUAACCGCAGAGCACAUACUGCCUAGUUCAGAACAAUCUGAAUAUUAAUAUUUGUCUUCAGCAUGUAAGAAACUGCAGAUAACUAAUUUUGAAUUGCCGCCUAUCUUUACAUUUUCUUUCUUAUCUCUGAUCUGCAGAUACUUUCCUCUUGACUAAGUUUCUGGUAGUGUCCUUUAUUCCAUGCUUGUGCCCUUUCUUUCCUCCCUCUCUUGCCAUCCACACUGCUCCCUUCAGUUGUUUUAAGGAGAGUUUGAGAACACACGUCUCGAUUUCUAGAUGUAUCCUAUGUGCCACGGAGCCUCGAUGCCCUUUGUAGGAGUUGCUGUUGCAAUUCACUGUAGCUGAGCAGUGUAUGUGUUGUUGAAUUCUAACACACAAGGAUGUGUGCUUGUGGUCUUGAGAUCAAGACUCUUAUGGGAGGUUAAGCAUGCAGACAGAGGCAUUAGAUGUUACUUAUCUAAAGCUCAGUUGGUUUAGUGUCAGAGGACUUCAUCUGGUGGCAAGAAGUGAAAUGAUUCAUCCAUUUCAUGGACAUGUAUCCCGUGAAUGCUGCAAAAUCACACAAGCUGGCUUUUUCAAGUAAUGAAUCAUGAAAAAACUCCCAAGUUCAAUCCCUGGCAUCUCCAAGGAAUCAUAGCAAUGUCCCCUGUCUGAAACCCUGGAGAGCUCCUGCCAGUCAGUGGAGACAAUACCAACCUAGAUAGACUACUCUCUUGACUUUCCUAAAUGUGCAGCAACUGUCUUUGUGAUCCUUAGGUAAUAAAAUGCAUAGCACCAUCUGCUGACCUACAGCAACUCUGCAGCAGUUUUUCCAGACCCAUGUCUCCAGUUCCAAAUUCCUAGAUUGCUGUCGGGUAGUCAGCUGUAGGUUGCGUCAAAUUAAGGUCAUGACAGCAAGUCACCUUUAAUAUGAACCUGCUUUUCUUACUUGCAGUGUAAACAGAGACUUGCUAAUGCUUGUUUGCAUCUGUUUUGCUACAAGAUUGACCAAAGGUUUCUUUACAAGCAAGCAGUCUCGUCUAACGCUUUUUAUAUUAUGUUGGUCUCAAUUGCAGCUUUCCUGACUGCUAUGCUUCAGAAUUCAGCAAUCUGCAAAUGGUGCAGGAAGGCCAGGGAGGUGUUCCUCUGGAGCAUCUCAUCACUUGCGUCCCUGGUGUGAAUAUUGCCACUGCACAAAACGGCAUCAAAGUUGUCAAGUGGAUUCAUAACAAGCCACCACCUCCCACUGCAGGUGCAUAUUUCACUCUCUUAUGCAUCAGUCUUUUGUGUUAGUUUCUUGCUUCUAACAUCAGUAGCGUGCAAAUAAAUCUGUUCCUUUGUGUGAUUGAUUUGCUUGGGAACUUGUGGUCCUCCAGAUCUUGCUGGGUUACAACUCCUGUCAUCGCUAGCUAAUGACCAUGCUGGUUGGGGCUGAUGGGAGUUGGGAGUCCAGCAGCUUUUGGAGGGUCACAGGUUCCCUAUUCCUGACAUAGGAUAUAACCUAGAAUUUAGAUACGGGAUAACCAGCAUGGUGCCUGCGUGCACCAGUAUGUUGCCAGAGGGCUGCCGCAGUGCCUCCCAGGCUAUCUGCUGCACCAGAUUACAAGAAAAGAGGAUGAAAAUGCUCUCUCUGUGCCCCUUCAGUUGCUAACAGUUCCUUAAUAAGUCUUUGCUAAACAUGCCCACUUCCAUGAUGGGGCUUUGAACUGGCUGGACAGGGGAGAGGAGGAUCAUUGUUGACUGAGCUAUGCAUGUAUGCACAUGGAGUAGAGAAGAAAAGAAGGAAAGAUGGAGUGAUUUUGGGGAGGAGAGAGACACAAAGUGGGGUGGAUGGAGCCUUGAGGGGAGCAAAAAGAGGACAGGUAUGCUCAUGGCAGGAAGAGAGGAUGAGAACUGUAUUUGAUGGAUGGGGUGUGGGAGGCAUGUAUGGAGAGAGUACCAAGGGGAGGUGGGAGUAUUCAUGAAAGAGAUUGGGGGUGUGAGGGGGUUUUUUUAAGAGAUGACUUGCUGCCUUCUGGGUGUUCUGUUGGACAGAUGAGUGGUUUUGAUUCUAGGGUUCAGAUUAUGACUUCCAUUCCAUUCCUUGAGCAAGCUUUGCCUUUCAAAUGACCAUUCAGCUUGCAACAGAAAACAAAAUAGUAGCUGUGUGUUCUGGAAUUCAGACCCCAGUUCUGUGAGGGAAGGAAAAUUCCCACUCAAUGCCUGAAACCUCUUUUGGACAUACCAAGUUUGUCUCUCUGGAAUUCCAGCCACAGUUCAUAUUUUUGCUUUGUUGUGACACGAGCUUGUCUUCAGAUAGUGGCCUUUUUCUUUUUGUGACUUUGUAAUUAGAUUUUAGUCUGUAGAGACGUGAUACUUCCCCCAAAUCCAUGGUGUUUCUGUUCUGAUUUACUCCUAGUUUUGCCUGUAGUUUUCAUCGUACGUAUUCCAUUUAUGUCCCUUACCUCCUAAGCCAGAGAGUUCUUGUUGUCCCCCCGCCCCCAUUUUUAGAGCCAUGGAUUCUACGUUCUACAAGCCCUGUGGGUAACCCACAACUUAUUCAGUUCAGCAGAGAAGUGAUUGAUCUCCUUAAAAACCAGCCGUCGUGUAUCAUGCCUGUCAGUAAAUUCAUCCCAACAUACCAUCACCAUUUUGCAAAGCAAUGUCGUGUGUCUGACUAUGGGUGUUCCAAGUUAAUGGAGUUGCUGGAAGCGGUGCCUCAUGUGUUGCAGGUGAGUUCAGUCUCAAUUUUAUUGAAGUGCAUGUUUCCAUGAGUGAUGAGUAUCAGUUCACAUAAAAGGCUAGCUUUAACUGCAGUAAAAAUCCUCAUUUUGAAGUUAAGGGUGGUGUGUCAGGAUAACAGCGGUGAAGAAGAGUUCUCUGGUGCCUUCCACAGUCUCCAGGGAUAUUGUAGAUCCCCUCUUUAAGAAGCUGGUGUUGAAAUUUAAUUUACACAGGACAAGCAAGGUCCUGCUUUUACAUUGCCGAUUGUUUGGAAGGGAUUCUCUUACCCUUAAUCUUUUGGUAUGUAGCUUUACUGCUGUGACCCAGGACAUCAAGGGCAUUUGCAUCUGUCCAGGUUGCAUGCCAGAAGAUGAUAUUGGCAGCUCUAUUCCAAUAUGUAUCCUAUGUUGGCUAUUGCCCACCACCUGGAAAGCUUUCCCAUCGCCUCACCUUGCCAGUUGUCUUCUCAAGCUGCUUAAUGGCUGUUGAAGUUAACAGGGCACCAGCCCUGUCUGGUACCCUCCACACAUUGUUGGGCUCCCAGCUCCCAUCACCCUUGGCCAGAAUGGCCUAUGGUCAACCUGUAGCCCAAAACACAUCUGCCAUGUGUCAUGAACUGCUUGGGCACAGAGAAAUGGUCAGAGGAACCUGCUGGGGAACCCCCAAGGGAAGAAGGCUCAGAGCCUGGGGAGUGUUGGGAGAGGGAGAAGACUGGGAAGAGGAGGGCAAGAGGUAACAGGGAUUCAGCCCUUGAGCCAUGUGUUGGACCCCCUUGUUUUAAAUAAGUAAGCCUUUUGCCAAUACCUGCCACUGUUUGUUAAUAUUAAUUUGACUUCUUACCUGUCCCAGAGGGGUUCCUACAAUGUAAAAAUACAGUGCCAAGUUUGACUGCAAGAGUUGCUUUACUGGACAAUGUGGAGAUCCAGGGAAAUGUCAUUACUGGUGUGAAGAAGCAAUAGGGGCCAAGCUUGGUGUGCAGAUACUUAUUCUCAUGGCAUGCGGCUGUAAAUAAGCUCAGAUGCGGCAGUGUUUUGACUGUGGGAGUCACAUACUUCAUCUAAAAUGUGGUGUCUUUUUCCUUCCAGAUUCUCGGGAUAGGCACCAAGCGUUUGUUAACCUUAACGCAUAGGGCCCAAGUGAAGCGAUUUACUCAAGACCUGUUUAAGCUUCUCAAGUCCCAGGCCAGCAAGCAAGUGGUUGUGAGGGAGUUCUUUCAAGCUUAUCAUUGGUACGUAAAGAGAACUUUGGCCUGUGCAUAGCCUGUGUUUACACAUUGACACUUCAAAGCUUUUUUUAAAAUGAAAAAAAUGAAAGACUUUGAGCUUCAGGGAAGUAACAUUUCCCCUUCGAAGGGGAAGGAGCAGCUUUCUCCUUUCCAAAGUCAGAAUCUGAGGAGCAGAAACAAAAGCCAAGUUGAGAAGGAAGGAUGUGGGGGGGGGGUGGUAAAAAAUGGCUGAUGUUAAAUCUUAUGAAGUUGGCCAAUCCUAAAGGCAGGCAGGAUGAUGCACUUGGUGGUUUGCUGUGUGGAUUCAGGGGGCACACAAACUUUGGCUUGUUAACCACGACCUACUCUUCCCUUCCUGGGUCCUCUGAUAUGUUUAAAGAAUGCCCAGGAAUGGGGCAGGAUUUUCCCUCGCACUAAAGUUUUCCAGAAGUUCUGUUGCAAACUUGCAAUAGAGAAGGAGAAAUCUUGAGAACUUUCUGAUCGAAAGUCUGAAAUGUCUAGAGAAACACUUAAUGAUACUGAUUUUUAAACCCCAGCAAUGCUCCUAAGUUUUACUCAAAGUAGACCCAUUGACAUUGAUGAACUUACUCAUCUUCAUUAACUUCAGUGGGUCUAAUUCUGAGUUGAACACUUCCCGUUGCCUCUCAUAUUAUUCAUAUCUUCAUGUGGAGAUGGUAGCAAUGGAAAAGGUGCUGGAUUGUGCCUUUUUCUGUUCUCGUUUACCCUAAAUACCUUUAAUGUGAAUUUCUUUCCCUUAUUUUCUGGACCUCCUCAUACCUCCCUCUUUUGUAUUCCAGUUCAAUUUGUAUGUCCAGCAAUUUCUUUCCCUCUUUUUAAUCCCAAUCCUUAAUCUUAAUAUAACAUAACAUUACAUUUUUACCUCUUAAAAGCCAAAUUUCCAUUUCCUUUAUCUUUUUAAUCCUAAUCCUUAAUCUUGAUCUAUAUAUAACUUUAAAACCUGUAUAGCUAGAAGCCACUUAUUUUCAGUCCAACAUCACUCUAACAUUCUUUAAUUUUGCAAUGUUUCUGCAAAUAAUCUUUGAAUUUCUUCCAAUCUUCCUCCACCGACUCUUCUCCCUGGUCACGGAUUCUACCAGUCAUUUCCGCCAGUUCCAUAUAGUCCAUCAGUUUCAUCUGCCAUUCCUCCAGUGUGGGUAGUUCUUGUGUCUUCCAAUACUUUGCGAUGAGUAUUCUUGCUGCUGUUGUUGCGUACAUAAAGAAAGUUCUAUCCUUUUUAACACCGUUUGGCCGACUAUGCCCAGGAGAAAGGCCUCUGGUUUCUUCAGGAGGGUAUAUUUAAAUACCUUUUUUAAUUCAUUAUAUAUCAUUUCCCAGAAAGCCUUAAUCUUUGGGCACGUCCACCAAAGGUGAAAAAAUGUGCCUUCAGUUUCUUUACAUUUCCAACAUUUAUUAUCGGGCAAAUGAUAGAUUUUUGCAAGCUUGACUGGGGUUAUGUACCACCUGUAUAUCAUUUUCAUAAUAUUCUCUCUUAAGGCAUUACAUGCCGUAAAUUUCAUACCAGUGGUCCAUAACUGUUCCCAGUCAGCGAACAUAAUGUUAUGUCCAACGUCUUGUGCCCAUUUAAUCAUAGCAGAUUUUACCGUUUCAUCCUGGGUGUUCCAUUUUAGCAGCAAGUUAUACAUUCUUGACAAAUUUUUAGUUUUGGGUUCUAACAGUUCAGUUUCUAAUUUUGAUUUUUCCACCUGGAAGCCAAUUUUCUUGUCCAAUUUAAAUGCCUCCAUUAUCUGAAAAUAAUGAAGCCAGUCUCGCACUUUGUUUUUAGUUUUUCAAAACUCUGCAAUUUCAGUCUAUCUCCAUCUUGUUCCAAAAUUUCCCAAUAUUUCGGCCAUUUGACCUCCAUAUUGAGCUUUUUCAAGGCUUUCGCUUCCAUUGGUGACAGCCACCUUGGAGUUUUGUUUUCUAAUAAAUCCUUAUAUCUUAUCCAAACAUUAAACAGCGCUUUCCUGACAAUAUGGUUUUUAAAUGCUUUAUGUGCUUUGACCUUAUCAUACCACAAAUAUGCAUGCCAUCCAAAUACAUUGUUAAAACCUUCUAGGUCCAAAAUGUCAGUGUUUUCAAGAAGCAGCCAUUCUUUCAACCAGCAAAAAGCUGCUGAUUCAUAAUAAAGUUUAAGGUCUGGCAGGGCAAAUCCACCUCUUUCCUUUGCAUCCGUUAAUAUUUUAAAUUUUAUUCUAGGCUUCUUGCCCUGCCAGACAAAUCUAGAAAUGUCUUUCUGCCACCUCUUGAAACAAUCCAUUUUGUCCACAAUUUGCAAUGUUUGAAAUAAAAACAACAUUCUAGGCAAUACAUUCAUUUUUAUCGCAGCGAUACGGCCCAGCAGUGAAAGCUUCAAAUUUGACCAAAUUUCUAAAUCUUUUUUCACUUCAGGCCAACAUUUUUCAUAAUUAUCUUUAAAUAGAUUCCCAUUUUUUGCUGUCAUGAUAAUCCCCAGGUAUUUCACUUUCUUAACCACUGUUAAACCUGUCGCAUUCUGAAACCUCUCUUUCUCCAUUGGUGUUAGAUUUUUCUCUAGAACCUUAGUUUUUACCUUGUUCAAUUUAAAUCCUGCAACUUGACCAAAUUCUUGAAUCAGUUCUAAAACUCUUUUAGUACUAGAUUCUGGCUCCUGUAACGUCAAUACUAAAUCAUCUGCAAAUGCUCUCAAUUUGUACUGUUUAGCUCCGACCUGUAUACCUUUAACCAACUGGUCCCUUCUAAUCAUGUUCAGCAAAACCUCCAGGACCGAAAUAAAAGGAGUGGGAAAUUGGGCAACCUUGUCGUGUCCCUUUUUCAAUUUUAAGUUCUUCCGUCACCACAUUAUUUACAAUUAAUUUAGCCUUUUGUUCUGAAUAAAUUGCACUUAUACCAUUCUCAAAGCCUUGGCCUACCCCCAUGCCCUGUAGAUUCUUCUUCAUAAAGUUCCAAGAAAUGUUGUCAAAGGCUUUCUCCGCAUCCACAAAUAUCAAAACUGCUUUAGUGUUUAUGUUCACUUCUAGUUUUUCCAGAAUAUCAAUUAUAUUCCUCAAAUUGUCAGACAGAUGUCUUCCUGGGAGAAAGCCCGCUUGGUCUUUAUGAAUCUCUUCCAUCAACACUUUUUAAAUCUCUUGGCCAAAAUGUCAGCAAAAAUUUUGUAAUCCACAUUAAGUAAUGAUAUAGGGCGGUAGUUCUUAAGCUGUGUCUUUUCAGUCUCUGUUUUCGGUACAAGUGUAAUAUAUGCUUCUUUCCACGACUCUGGUGCUCUUUUCCCCUCCAUUAUUUCAUUGCAGACCUCUUUCAAAGGUUGUAUUAACCAUUCUUUCAAGGAUCUAUAGUAUCUAGAUGUCAAACCAUCUGGUCCUGGAGAUUUACCCAAUUGCAUAUUUUGAAUGGCACCUUCUAUUUCCUGUUCAGUUAUUUUGUAAUUCAAAAUUAGUUUAUUUUCUUGAGAUAUUUUUGUAAUCCAUUUGUUUUCAAAAAUUGAUCUAAGUCUGUUUCUUUCAAUGGCCCUUGGGUAUAUAAUCGUUUAAAGUACCUCUGGAAACAAUUUCUAAUCUCUGCAGGGUUCUGUAUAUUUCUUCCUUCCACUUCUAAGUUCGUGACUGUAUUUAGUUUUUGUCUCUUUUUCAUUUGCCAAGCCAACAAUUUACCACAUUUAUUAGCCGACUCAAAUGUCUUUUGUCUCAUUUGUUUAAUUUUCCAUUCUAUUUCCUGAUUCAUCAUUUUCAUAUAUUGUACUUGAUAUAACUUUAACUCUCUCAAAAUCUCUUGAGAUUUUGGAUUUACUCUCAGUCUUUUUUCACUUUCCUUUAUUUUAUCCAAUAUCUUAUCCUUCUUCUCAUUUUGAGUUCUUUUCUUUACUGCAUUCUGUUGUAUUAGGAACCCUCUCAUAACCGCUUUACUUGCGUCCCAGAUUACUCUUUUCUCCACAUUGGUACUCAAAUUUAUCUCAAAAUAGUCUUUCAAAGUUUUUUGGGCCUUCUUAAGUACUUCUUCAUCUCUAAAUAAGGUGUCAUUCAUCUUCCAUCUAAAGGAGCCAGUUGGUGUUAGUCUCAUUUCCAUCUUGACAGCAUUGUGAUCGGAACAAGUUUUCGGGCAGAUUUCCACCUUUCUUGUCUUUGGUGCCAUUCCUCUAGUUAUCCAAAUUUGGUCAAUUCUUGUCCAUGUCAUUUUGGCUUCAGAAAAGAAGGUUCCCUCUUUAGCCAUGGGGUUUCUUAUUCUCCAAAUAUCAACUAAGUCCAAGUUGUCUGUCAUGUCAAAAAAGGUUUUCGGUAGUCUACCAUCCUUAGUGACUACCUGUCUUUGUGCCUUGUCCAUAUAUGUAGAUACCACUCCAUUCAUGUCUCCCAUCAAAAUCAUGUUGUAAUCCAAAUGGUCCAUCAGGGUCUCGUGCAACUUCUUAAAAAUUCAGAUUUCCCAUCAUUUGGUGCGUAGAUUCCUACUAUCAAAAAUUUUUCUCCUUGUGUUUGAAUUUCAAUUGCCACAAAUCUUCCUUGGUCAUCUUUAAAAACAAAUUUCGGUGAUAGUCUGUCCUUUGCAUAAAUCACAACCCUCUUUUUUAACUUUGUCCGAUGAAAUAAACUCCUGACCAAGUCUUUUAUUUAUCAACAAUUUCCUGUGUAAUCUUGUUAUAUGUGUUUCUUGUAGACAAAUCAAAUCCAAUUGUUCCUUUUUUAAUAAAUGAAACACUAAUGUGAAUUUCUUUCCAUCCCAUUAUCUAGGUGCUUCUCAAAAGACUGGGACGUGACGGAAUACGGAGUGUGUGAGUUGGUGGACCUCAUAUCAGAAAUUCCAGACACAACAAUCUGUUUGUCUAUGCAAGAUAAUGAGAUGGUAAUUUGUAUCCCCAAAAGAGGUACAUCCUCAUUUUAGGAACUUAACCCUCUUCCUUUUUUUUUUUUUAACACACAGGUCAGACUAUAGUUGGUGCCCUGGUGACAGGUAUACUUUUGGCUUUUUUGUGAAUGAAUUGAAGUUUAUGGUGAGCAGCAGGUAGAGACUUGGAGCUGUGUUUUGAAUGGGGAAUUCAUAUAUCCUUUUAUUUAAAGAAAAGAUCACAAGGUAGUUUACAUGUAAAUACAAACAGAACAGAAUGCAAUUUAAACAAAAGAUUGAUAUCCAAACUCUCUAAAAAGCUGCAGAGAAUGAAGAGCAUUUUUGCAUGACACCUAAAGAACAUAAGAGCCUCCCUGGCCAAGGGUUCUAUUCCCACGGGUGCCUUGAGCCUUAAGAGUAAAGAUGCUUAUGACCUGAUGCAAAAUAAAAGUUAUAUAUUGCUGUCAUUCUGUUUCAUACCUCUUUUCACCAUUAAGUCCCAGGACAGGUUGUAGCAAUUUGAAAACAAAGUGUUAGAAGUCAAUUUUGAAAAAUGAUAAUAAUCAGUUCCUAAAAAUUCAGAAUGUGUCUUGAGAAGCAUAGUGGCCAGGCAGCACUCUGCCCACCUAUGAUUCCCAGCCACUGGUUUUCAGAGACAUAACGCUUCUGACCGUGGAGGUGAAGCAGAGCUAACUGUGGCUAGUAGCUGCUGUGUUCUGGAGAGCGCUCCUUUAAACUAGUAGUUGAGCUGGAAUAGAAGUUGCUGGGAGAGUGCUAAAGUAUUGGUCUUGUUGCUUUUACUUUCCCUUAGUUUUGCAUCUCUUCUCUCGUUUUCAGAACGUACCAAGGAAGAAGUUGAAAGGACAAAGCAGUUCUCCAAGGAGGCAGUGGACUUGUUGCGCCACCAGCCCUAUUUUCGCAUGCCUUUCAAUAAAUUUAUCCCAUUCUAUCACCACCACUUUGGGCGCCAGUGCAGACUUGCCUAUUAUGGAUUUACCAAACUACUUGAACUCUUCGAAGCCAUACCAGAUGUCCUGCAGGUAGGAUCCAGAUACUCUGGGGUCCUCGUGCAUCCACACCAAAUAACCUUUCUAGCCUUAUUGAGUUGUGCUCAGUGUUUGGGGGAAACUCCUGUUGCCUGUAGAACUGAGCCUUGUUUUUAGAGUGAUUACUGGGUGCUAUUGCACUUACAUGGGCAAACUUUGAAAGUAAACCACCUUUUUAAAAAGCCAUUCAACUGUUUGUGUUAACAAUUGGCAGGGAAAACUUAUUAAUUAAUGGUAUUAAAAUUCAUGGUAUUUCAACACCUCCUGGAAAGAAUUACAAGUGAGAGGGGGGGGAGCCUUCAUAUUGCUAAUACAGUCAAACCUCAUUCUGUGUCCGCCUCUGCUUCGGCGAACGUCCGUGGCAAACCCGGAAGUACUGGAAUGGCUUGCUUCCAGGUUCACCGCAUGCACAGAAGCGGCACUUCAAUGUGCAUCAUUUUUGGGUUGCGGCAGGGCCUCCAGAACGGAUCCCUGCCGUAACCCGAGGUUCCACUGUGCUCCAUUUGUGCAUUGUAAGUACUGCCUUCCCCAGCCCCUGCCUAAAUAUUUCCAUUAACCAAGCUGACUUCUGCCCUCAGGUGCUGGAAUGUGGUGAAGAGAAAAUCCUUGCACUAACAGAUGCGGAAAAGGUCAAGGCUUUAGCUGCCCAGUUUGUUAAAUUGCUCCGAUCUCAGAGAGACAAAUGCCUUAUGAUGGCAGAUGUGCUCACUGAAUACGCUAAAACAUUUGGCUACCCGUUGCGUCUCCAGGACUACGAUGUUGGCUCUGUUCCAGCUCUGAUGCAGAAACUUUGCCAUGCUAUCAAGGUAUAUUUUAGCACGACUUGGCAUGGCAAAUGUAGAUUUCGUUGGGACUGAGGGAGGGGCGUAGAGAGGGAGAGAGCUGUGUUGCUCAUAUGCAUGAUGAAAAAUAAUACCAAGUUCUUAAAUGACUGGUACUUCUCUCUGCGUAAAGUGCAGCGUAAACAAUAUGGAUGGUGUGUUUUUUAAAGAACUCGUGUUCGUUUUCAGUAUAAUUGGAUCACUAGAGAAACCCAAGAAUCUCAUUUAGAAUAAGUUACUAAUAAAUUCCCCCUGUCCCUAGCAGAAAUGAUCACAGCCUCAGGGGCACACAGCAGAAUGGAAGAUUAAGUGACAGGAAGCUGGUGCUUUGUCAAAAGUUAUGAGAUUCUUGGGUUUCUCUGAGAUUCUUGGGUUUUGGUUAAUCCAUUAAAACAGCCAUUGGUUGCAGCAGAUUUUAAAGACAAAGCUACUUCGCUAUGAUUUGUAGCUACACGUUCUUCCAAGGAGGGCUGGGGGUUAUGUUGGAAGCAGCUGGAAGUGUCCAGAGAAAGGGCCUUUGCGGCAGUGGCGCCCUGAUUAUGGAAUAUUUCCUCCCACCCUGGCUUGCUGGGAACAAAGUUAUGGUCCUUUCUGUGCCAGGUGAAGAUUUCUCAUUUUAAGAUCAUUCUAAGAUCUUCACAUCUUUUAGUUCUGCUUUGUUAAUGUGUGAUUCACUCUGGUUGUUUUUCGUUUAGUUUUUCUUUUUUCCUACUGUGGUUUUGCUGUUUCAAUUUAAUGCUCUUGUCUGCCUUUUAUGGGUUUUUAUUUUUAUUGUUAGGCACCCAGGGGACAUUGUUAAUUGGGUUAUAUAUAGGUGAUGUAAAUAAAACAGUGUGCAGAAUGCUGCUUAAAGCUGACUGCUAAACAGCAAGAUCCCUUCUUAAAGCUGCAGUGUGUUAGCAGCUUUUGCCUUGCGCAUCGGUGUAACUGGAUUUCCCCACCCACCACCAUUUUUAUUCAAACUCCUCCAGGUCGUUGAUGUAGAAUCUGGUAAGCAGCUCCAGCUUAUAAAUAAAAAGUCUCUCCGGACCUUGGCUACCCAGCUUCUGGUGCUUCUGAUGACCUUGGAUGAAACCAACUUUGUUUCUGUGGAAGAGCUUAAAAGGCAUUAUGAAUCCACCCAGGGCGCUCUCCUGAAUCCAUGUGAAUAUGGCUUCAUGACGUUUACUGAACUCUUGAUGAGCGUGCCUUAUCUCACAGAGGUAAGGGAGUCGAUGGCUUGGCUCCUAAUGCCCAGCGUAGCACUUGUUUGCUAUGCUGGGCUCUGUUUUCCUUUCUUUAUGAAUGCAGAAGCAUAGCAUGGGUUGCCAGCACCCGGGGUGGGCAAACCACAAAUGCCGCAGGAGCACUCCUGCCACCGAAGUGAAGCCGGGCCGUGCUGUGUGGGGAGCCCUACCAGCUGACAUGGCCCUUGGAAGGCAAAUCCUCCCAACAUCCAUGGAGAGGAGCGUUGGGCUGUGCUGGGGUUGCCCCUUGACCACCUCCCUCCAUCCGCAACCGCUCACCAUGGGCCUGGGCUACCCCGCUGCCUUUGCCAGGGUGGGGCAGGGAUCCCCCCACAGAAGCCAGCACCUGUGGGGGGGUGCCUGGUUGCACUCCCCCAGAAAUUUGUGCCUGGGGCCACAGCUUCGUCCCCAUGCUACGCCACUGGUCUUGGGUCACAUCUGCACUGUAAGCUUAAAGCACUAUGAUACUACUAUAACAGCCAAGGCUUCCUCCAAGGAAUCCUGGGGGCUGUAGUUUCCUCUCACAGAGCUGCAACUCUGAGUAGUUUAACAGUCAGGCUCUCUUCCUAGGGACCUCGGAAUUGUAGCUCUGUGGAGGGAGUAGGGGGAGUCUCUUAAUAACUCUCAGCACCCUUAACAAACUACAGUUCCCAGGGUUCUUUGUGGUAAGCCAUAACUUAAAUUGACAUAGAGCUUUAAAUGUAUGGUGUGGAUGUGGCCUCACUUUGGUUAUUAAUUAGUGAUUCAGGGCCUAAAAUAAGCUAUUAUAACGGAAAGCAAGGCAAUUGAGCAAUUGCUGACUAGAGGCCAGGAAACCCAAGGUCACAGUCAAAGAGAUAAAUGGAGGAGAGUAACGUUAGUGGAGAAGGAGUAACAGCAAAUGUGGAGGAGUUGUUGAAGGUACUUUGAGGUUUUGUGGUGGUGCUGACAUACAUUAACGGCCUAUUAAAUUAAAUGAAGCCGCUUUAAACCAGACCAGGCUAUUCACCGUAGGAAGCUGCCUUAUGAGUCAAGCUAUUGGUCCAUCUAGCCCAGAAUUACCUAGACAGACUGGCAGCAGCUCUCCAGAGUUCCAGGCAGUUCCAUCUCUCUACCCUACCUGGAGAUUCCAGGGAUUGAACCUGGCACCUUCUGCAUAGAAGGCAGUGCCCUACAGCUGAGCUACGGCCUUUCACCCAUUUAGUUCAGUAUAGUCUUGGCUGGCAACAGGUUUUCAAAGUUUCAGGCGGUGGACCAUUCCCGUUCCCUGCUUACAUCUGGAGAUGUCAGGGAUUGAACCUCUGCCCACUGGGCUUCGAUUAGCCUUUCGGGAGCAGGUGUGAAAGCUCAAGUUAACAGGCAGCAUUAAAAACAAGGAGAAAUAAAAUUGGACAGCAGAAGAGUCAGCUGAGAAAAACAGACAGCUAUUGUAUGUGCAGACAAGGAUUCAGUUUGUGGACAUAGAAGACAGAUCAAAGGAAGAGAAGGAAGGGUCCCUGUGGAUUAGGAAUCUCUCUUUGCAGCUGCUGCUGCUGCUGCUGCUGCUUAGUUCUAAGUGCAGAGACUUGUUCCCUCGGUUUCCUAUCCACAAUCCAUUACGCCGUACCCUGAACAGAGUGCCUUGUUAUAUUGCCCUUCAGUAUGUGGCCUCCAACAACUGGAAGAAACUUAAGGUUGUUCCUUCCAGUACAAGGGGCAGGGUGACCUGGACUCAAAGCUGCUGAUCAUUUACUGUACCUUGAGAGGAAGUGACAGCAACUGGAUUUGCGUACAGCCUCUGCUGGCCAGGGUCUGUUACAUUUUAUUUUUCUAGGCAGUAUCUCAAGGCCCAUUAUAAUAUAAGGCAGUGUUUAAAGAAAAAGGAUUUAAAAAAUAGAAAACACCAUAAAACUAAAGCAUUAUAUUCAUUUAAAAUGAACCGUAGAAAUUAAUCAGGAACAGAAAUUCAUAAAAUUUAGAUAGAUAAACACACACACAGUUUGUUGUUGUUUUUAAAGUGACAAUGAUGGGACCAUGUGAAUCUAUUUUUAUUGGUGGGGAGGGAGGGGUUUGCAAUAAUGUGGAGCCACCAUUGUAAAAGCCCCAAACCUGGUACCUUCAGCACCUCUCAUCUAUAGCGGGACCUUGGACAUUGAUCUUAACACCCAAGCUGGUUCACAGAGGUGUGGGCAGUCCUUCAAAAAACCAAGUUGUUUUGGACUUCAGAGGUCAAAACCAGCACUUGAAGUUGGGCCCAGAAAUGGGGAAAUACAUUCCAUUUGUUUGGCCUGCUCCACAAACAUUCUGUAACAGUUGAAGAUUCUGAGCUGUUUCCAAGCCCCACAUAGAGUGCCUUGCAGUAUUAUUAUAAUUAUUUAUUAAAUUUGUAUAUCCCCUUCCUUCAUGAGAAGAUACAAGGGCGCUUCUCAUGAUAAAACUACAGGCUAAAAGCACAAAAUAAAUAGCCCAAAACAAAAAAAAAUUGCCACCAGCCCCCAGAUUUAAAAGGAUGUAGAAUCAGCCAAAGGAACUUUUUUGCCUGGCAUUUAAUGAUGUAUAAUGAAGGCGUCACCAAACCUUCCUGGGGAAAGCAUUCCACAAAUGCCCCCUGUAGAAAAUAAUAAUAAUAAUAAUAAAUAAUAAUAUAAAUUUUAUUUAUAUCCCGCCCUCCCCAGCUGAAGUCGGGCUCAGGGCGGCUAACAACAAUAAAACAGUACAAAAAUACAGCACAAACAACACUCUAAAAUCAUUCAUUAUAAAAUUAAUUAAUUCAAGCCACUGGCACCCAUUGGGCCAGAGCUCCGCGAAGAUUGCCGAGGGAGGGAGUCAGGCUGUGCCCUGGCCAAAGGCCUGGUGGAACAGCUCUGUCUUGCAGGCCCUGCGGAAAGAUGUCAAGUCCCGCAGGGCCCUGGUCUCUUGUGACAGAGCGUUCCACCAGAUCGUCCUCAUGUUGCCACCCUCUGGACUCGAAGAGGCACACAAAUAAUGACCUCAGAUGAUAACCGUAGAGUCCAGGUCGCUUUAUAUUCCAGCCUUAAUGUAACUGAAGUGAGGCUUUCGGGCGUUCUCAAGGGAGGAUUGCAGCCGGUGACCCACAUGAAGCUUUUCAUUACGGCUUCUUGCAUAUACAAAACUACCUAAUGUUUUAGUAACUGUAUCACGUGUGUUGGAUUUGUUUUUAAGUGCAACUCCAAACCGAAUUGCAAUUAAAAUGAAGAGCGGGGUAAAAAAUGUGUUCAGGGAUGUUCUUUUAUUAAAUACUCUGCAAUGCCCAAAGGUCGGAAGACUUCAUAUGCAUGGUUUUCCCUCCCACAGGUUUUUGUUGAUGGUGAGGCAGAAUAUGUCAAGCUCACAAGCCUUUAUGUUUUUGCCAAGAAAGUGAGGUCUUUGCUUCAUACCUACCAUUACCAGCAGAUCUUCUUUCAUGAGUUCUCAACAGCUUAUAGCAAAUACACAGGUGAAGUGUUGCAACCCAAAGCAUAUGGCUACAAUAAUCUCGAAGAACUCCUGGGAGCAAUUCCACUGGUUUGUAGCAGUUGUGUUUUUCUUUUUAGCAGUAGUACUUAAUUGAAUCCGUAGGUCCCCAUGUGCAGUUUAAUCGGUGCUUUUUAAUAUAGAUGAGCUCUUGCGAAGUCAGGCAGGUGAUUUGAAGACUAGGAUUGCCUGGCUUUGUGCUGUGAGCCCUCCUCAAUUCAAAAGGGAGGAGAAACUGGGAAAUGGGAUUUUCCACAGCUUCAGAACGUUCAGAUAUUUUACAUUUCUAAAUGUUCGCCAUUUAAACAAGCGCUAAGCAAGCCCCACCCCAACCUCUUGCACUCAAUGCUUCCACCUUCAGCACAGAGGUCUUAAAAAGAUAUUUUAAGCAUUCAGAUGAGAAUGCUUUGAAACCUCCAGUUGGGAGUGUUCCUGCUGUGCAGAACCAUGGAGAAAAGUCUUAAGUUCAUUCUUUUGAAUGUGCUUAGAACAGAGGCUUUCAACCUUUUUGAGUCCACGGCUCCCUCGAUCAACUACAGUCUUUCUGCGGCACCCCUGUGGGGCUCAGGAGCCCAGUUAUGUCACCCCUUGCCUGCAGAGCUGGCAGCCUCUCACCUUUUUCGAACACCCUUGUGGAGUGUUCCCUCAGCCUCCUCGCCCCUCUCCUUGGGAGUCCUCCAGGCAACCGCUUCUGCCACCCAUGCCCCAAAGAGAGGUGCCUCCUCACACUGCCCCACAGAGGCCUGGGAAGCACCCCAUGGCCAAAGGCACCAUUCACCUGGGGAGCUUGUAGCCAGGGCUGCUGCAACAAACAUUUGUGCAGGCCUUUGGGAGGCAGAAAAUGCAAGAGGGCAUCAGAGGAGGGAGUGAAGGAAAGAGGGAACAGAGGCCAGUGUUGACCGUGGCACCCCUAUCAUUCAAGGUACCCCAGGGUGCCACGGCACACAGGUUGAAAACCACUGGCUUAGAACAAAGGUGAAGGACCUCUGUCCUGUGGGCCAGAUUUGGGCCACCAGGCCUCGCCCCAUUUGACGUGCGAAGCCAUUCUGGGCAUGUAAGGGAAGGACUUGGCCAAAAGGGACUUUGCAGAUGCCGCCCUCUAUGCAGUGCUUUCCUAGCAACCGGAAAGCGCUGAGCUCAUGGUUUGGGAAGCACAGGACACUGGUUUGCGCAAGCCCUUUGAACUCUCUCCUCCCUCACCUUCAUGGGGCCAACUUCAACAGGUACCAGUCACCUGGUGUCAGACGAUAGGCAGGUGGGAGUGGGGCACCCUAACCCUACCCUGGCCUUUGAAACUUGGGAUAAAAUAAUUUUUAGAACCCACCCUAUUGCUGUAACUCCUAGUUUGUUUUAAAUUGCUGUUAAACCUCCCCCGCCCCCAUUGGGACCUUAUAGUGGAGGGUAGGGAAGAAAUCAAAUAAAUGAUACGAUCAAAGGACUCGUAAUCCUUUCUUAGUUGACAUUUUGCUAAGGCGGUAGCGGAGAGAAUAUUUAACAACUGUUGGAAUCCGGCCUAAUAUUGAAUGUAGUUAGCUACAUUGAAUGUAGGAAUACCAGAAAAGAGAGAGAAGAAAAACAGUCAAAAUAGAGAGUUUUGCUGAGUUCAGUCAUCUUACUUCAAACAUUGUCAUUAUUGCCUUCUAAUUAGGUGGUCUGGAUAAAAGGUCAUGGUCAUAAGAGAAUUAUUGUCCUUAAGAAUGACAUGAAAAGUAAGUAAUCCCUGGUUAGAGAUAACUUUUAAAAAAACAAAUACUUGAAUUACUGGUGAGCAUAUUUUCCCAAGGGAAGCAUUGCUCACCAUCUUCCCUUCUCAUAGCUCGUUUUAGCUUGCCUGGCCUUCCUCUUGCCGAUGGUGAUGGACAAGCUACAGAGACAGCAGAAGCAAGUGAAUCCUUGGAAUUAAAACUAGAAGCAUCAGAUUCUGGUAAUUGCUGUACAUCAGGGGUCAGCAAACUUUUUUAGGAGGGGGCCGGUGCACCGCCCCUCAGACCUUGUGGCGGGCCGGACUGCGUGCACACACAUGCACACGGCGGAGGGGGGCUUCUCUCACUCCCCCUCCCCCUGCUUUCCUACCUCCUCCACCACUCUGCCUGCAGUUGUGAUCCGGCGGCAGUGGUGGCACCUCUCCUUUCCUGGCCAGCUUUCCAAUGCGCGGGGCCAGCAAGCGCACCAGGCUCCACAGCGCGGCCAUCGAUGAAGAGGCCGGCGGGCGGGUGGUGAGUCGGCCACACUGAGGCUUCAGAUUGGCUGCCAUCAAUCAAAUUGUCUGGCAUCAAUUGUCUGGCAUCAACCAGCUCCCUUCCUCCGCAGGGCGGGAAGAGAGGAGGAGCCGCCGCGGUUUGGGAGGGUGGGGAAGGAGAGGGGAAAUGUUGCCCAAAAAAAAUUGCAGAGAAAUGAGCAGAAAAGAGAUUGGUUGCACUCAGACAGAAACUGAUUGCUUGGAAAAAAGCCCUGAAGAGCAGGGGACUUGGGCAACUGUGGGAAGGCAGGGACCUUCAGUCCUUGCAGCUGCCUCACUGGGCCAAGACCUACUGGGAAGAGUUGUUGGGAUCACCAUGCCUGCAUGGUUUUGGUUUCUUGGAAUAGAGUUGUUAACUUCACUAACAUGAGUUGUUUUUUACUGCUGACCUUCUCCUGACUCCUUGUAGUGAGUUACAGUUUCUCCUCUCUGGUUUUUCCUGCAGUCUCUAAUUCGACUGAGCAAGAGCUGCUUUGCCUAACAAAUAUGUCGCCUGUGGAUCUGUUGUGUGAGCCUGUCCCUUCCUGUCUGCCUUCCCCGCAACUGAGACCAGACCCAGUCAUCCUUGUACCGGCAGAUCUCAUUCAGUUCGAAGAACAUCCACCAACCCUUUCAGGUAAAAAUGAGUGUCCUCUUAAAGGAGGUCUGUCCUUGGAAGUUCUGACCAGUAGCUGUUUCCAAUAGGAGCCAUUCUGCCUUUGUUUCAGGACCUCCAAAAUCGUUGGACUUCCCUUCCAGUGCAAUUGUACUGCAAUUGGAAGCCUAGUCUAUAAAUGCAGCAAAAUGCUCUGUUUGAACGCAUAAACUUCUCAUGUAUAUGCUGCCAAAUUACCAGCAAUGAAAUACUUCUGUGUUGUGAAAAGUUAAUUGGUAGAAUUCACAGCCCUUUAGCAAUCCCCUUGCCGUAGUAGUGAAUGCCACUUCACAUCAAUUGUCUCCACUUUUCAAAAGUUACCUUGUUUAGAGUAGCUCAAUACACUAGUCUGCUUCCCACCCUUAGUUCAAAAGGCCUAAGCAAGUUUCUCCAGGGGUGGAAGUGUUCCAUAUAACCACAUCCAACUCCAGCUUGCACAUGCUGCUAAGAUAACACACAUCCCUAUUGGAACAACUUUUUUCUCCAGUGAGUUUUGGCAGCCUUAGUUUACCACCAGAUCUCACAGCUUUCCAUACUGGACUUCAGAACACCAGGAUCCAAUAUGUAACAAGGACCACAUCCUGUUUGCUUGCAUUUCUAGCCAGUGGCAGUCAACGUUCAUGUAUUCCACAUAAUGUAAAUAGUGCUUUGCUCAGGCAAUGCAUCCUUUCAUUGAAGGAGACAACUUGCUGCCUUUGUGCACAGAUCAGAUGCAUCUGAAAAUAAUUUUGCUCUGAAAACUUCACGGUAUUGCUUUCCCUUUUAGAGAUGAUUGUUUUAACGAAAGAGGAGGAGAAUGCUGUUAGUCCUUUGAGAGCUAAAGAAGAGGCGAGCCACUUACAUGCAGCUUCGAAAGCUGCAGAAAAUACACCAGCACCUCCCUGCCCUUCAGUUGAACCGCAGCCGAGCAAAGAAGCCAUGGACAGCCCAGUCAAAAGGCAGCAUAAAAACAGAGUGAAGUUGGCAGCAAAUUUUUCACUUGCACCCGUAACCAAGCUUUAAACUAUGUCGUGUUGUGAGAGGCAACACAUUGUCAGACUGCACAGAAAAUGAAGCUAUUGGCUACCCUUUAUAUUUUAAAUCACAGAUGGGACGGGGGGCGGGCGGGUGGUCACUUGUGUUUAUCUUUGUCACUGUUGACUACCUUUUGUGAGAUUUUUGUUCAGUUUACACUGAGUUCAGCUGGGCAGGUAUUUUUAUUUGAAACUUCAAGCAUUAAAUGUUUUACUGUUCCUUUUUACAUUCUGUCGAAUGUCAGGAAAAAACUAGCAAAUGCUAAACUUGGAGUGGGAUGGAAUUUGAGUUUCUGAAACCUCAUCACUGAUGUAAAGCCUUCAUAUAGCAUAUGAAUCUACAGGCAAUUUUUAAUGUGCGUUUUCCAGACAGGUAAGAAUCAAAUGCAUCAUCUGUCUUGGCAAAGCAGCCUAUUGAGAACUUUAUUUUUAAUAAGUCAUUAGAUUGGAAUAAAACCUGCAGUGGGCAUCUUCAGGGUUAAAUUGGUGAGAGCAAAGCCUAGGAUUUUUUCUGAUGACUUGUAAUUGUCUCUUGUCAAAAGAUGACUGUAGAGCAUGGCUAGGGAGCCUGUGGCCUUCCAGAUGUUGUAGACUACAGCCCCAGCCAGCAUGACCUGUGGUCAAGGAUGAUGGGUGUGGUAGUACAAUAACAUCUGGAGGGCCCAAACUACCCAUUCCUGCUGUAGAGGAUUACAUUGAUUGAUUACAACCCCCCUUUUAAAUGCUUUCUGUAAUCAGUUCCACUGAGGAAUCUCGUAGGAAGGUGAGGAUGUUUUUAAGCUUCCCUUUUAUUGAGCGCUCCAAGUUGAUGCUGUUCUGGCUUAGGAAAAGCAAGUCUUUGUGUUUUGCAUUUUGAAGUCAACUUUGAGGUGCUUCUUGCAGCAUCCGCCGAUGAGAUUACUGGGAGUAUUUGAUAUUUCAAAUAUUCAUUUAAGUGUACAUACGUUAUAAAUCACAGCAAGGGGGUUUAAAUGAGCUUUUUUAAAGAUGGAAAGUAAUGAUUCUACUUCCGUUUGCACAAAAGUAUGAGCAGCACAUGGAAAUGCCAAAGUUGUAGUGCUUUUCCUCAUUUUAAAGAUCCAGUAAAUGGGAAGCUUAAUGUGAGUCAGCAUGUUUUUAACUGUGUCCGGUCUUUAUUCUGAUGUUUACUUUGAGUGCUCAAACCUGCUCUUGUGUGUGGUUUUUUCCCUUCCAGUCCCUAUAGUGGCAUUUCUGUUGGUGUUUAGAAAGGCAGGCCUUUGUUGAAGGAGGCAAGUCAGUGGAGUCCUUCUACUUUCUUUUUAUAGAGAGCUAAAAUGUCUUCUGACCAAAGCUUUUAUACCCCCCGUUGGGUAAACUUGGCACUUACAAUGGGUUGUAUUUGCCAGGCAAGGAUUCUUAAUUGCUCGUCAGAAAGAAGGAACCUAUAGCAAAGGUUUCCACUGGCUGAACGGAUAUGUGCGUACAAAUAAUAUUUUUGAAAUGUGUGUGAGACUGAAAAAGCAGCCUUAGAUUUCACAGCCAGCAACUGAAAAAUGCCACUUGAUGGCUAUAGACAACCUAUUUUUAAAAUGAGAAGAAAUGGAUUUUGUUUUUAAAAAGUGUUUUUUAAACAAAGCCAAGUAUUAAACAGUACAGUACUAAAUAAUGAUAUAGCCAUUACAAAUGCAGAGAAGGACUGGAAGAUUUUCUGAGAUCAUGGCAAGGCACAGUGUAUUUGUGUGUGUACAUCCUUAUGUUUCCUCUACAGAGAUGGGGUUUAUAGGAGUGAUUAUUAUUAUUAUUUUAAAAAAAGAAGAAUGGAACCACUUCAUGACUUUAAUUGUGAGGACAUCUUCCAUUUACCUUAUGUGUUGCUUGCAUAAAACAAAGACCUGACCAAUUGGGGCCUGUCAUGCAAAUGCAAAAACAGUCAUCAUUUUGAGCCACAGUUGCAAGUCAUCUAUAAUAGACCAAGUUUUGGUGAAAACUCAAGGAGAAAUAACAGUACUGUUGAUGUACCUGGAAUACAGGUGUGGGUUGUGCCACCUGUAGAGAAUGAGAAAUCUUUCUGGAGUCAUGUGUAAUUCUGACCUAAAUCGCUGUAUGAAAGUUAUAGACUACCUUUUGGGGAGUUUGUUUUUCAUUGUGUGAAACCAGCUAAUUUGUGGGGGGGUGUUUUUGUUUUUCUACGAAGGCUUGAAGAAAUAAUGUGACUGGACUGAUUUGGAAAAAAAAUUAAGGGAAUGAAAUUAUUUCAUUUACACUUCACUAAUUUUGAUUUCUUGGUUGUUUUAAAAAAUAUCACUGAAGCCCUCAACUUAUGCACUCUCAAGGAGACAAAGCUCGCCUUUCUCCUCUGUUGUCUACUCCCAUUUGGACAGUUUUGUGGCUCGAGUGCUGUUUUGUGUGUUGGGACCAAACAGUUGUCAAUAAAAUUUCCAAGCAAGCAUGCAAC